GGGGUGGAAGUGAAGGGGAAACAGUACAGUCGGUCUGCUUUUGCUUCACGGUUGCAUCCAAUCCCUCUUUGGCCUUUUGCUUCCUCUCUCUGUGUCUCCUCUCUCUCUCUGCGCUACCUGCGACAAAGCGUGCGAGGAAGAAGAAGAGGAGUCGUGGGAGGCGGAGAGAUGGGUGAAGGAAAGGCGUCGAGCCUGGUUGUGAUCCUUGUCGUACUCCUCAGCCUCAUCGCUUUCGGCUUCGCCGUUGCUGCCGAGAGAAGACGUAGUGUCGGCCACAUUGUCACAGAUACCUACAAUACUACAUAUUGUGUUUACAACUCGGAUAUUGCAACUGGAUAUGGAGUGGGUUCCUUUUUAUUUCUUCUCUCGAGUGAAUCAGUGCUUAUGGGCAUCACAAAGUGCAUGUGUUUCGGAAGGCCAUUAAUUCCUGGUGGAGGUCGUGCUUUUGCCAUCAUCUAUUUCAUAUCUUCUUGGUCAACUUUCUUGAUUGCUGAGGCUUGUGUGCUUGCGGGUGCAACGCAAAAUGCAUAUCAUACCAAAUACAGACAUGUGGUUUAUGCUGAUGGUUGGUCUUGCGAGUCUCUGCGAAAAGGAGUAUUUGCUGCUGGUGCUGCAUUUAUUGUAUUCACUAUGAUUCUCAACGUGUUCUAUUACAUGAAUUACAGCAAGGCUGUUCGUCAAACCACUCAAACAAAACCUUCUGUUGGAAUGACUGGUGCCUAUGCAUGAUCGGGAUCAGCUUAUGUGCCAAGAACUUUUGUAUGACAAGUUUUCCCUCUUCCAAAGAUCUGCAGAAACUGAAAGUGGCUGGGGAUAUUUGCGAUUUUGUGAUGUCUGAGAACAUGAGGUCGGUUGUAUGCUGUUAUUGAAUAGAUAUAUCAGAGGCAAGACUUUUGUAUUUUAUUUUGAACAAACUAUGUUUACGGCUGCUGAAUUUAUCAUACCAUCGUUUCUUAUCA